AGCCCGGCGGCCACCAUGGAGCUGGCGAUGGAGAACCUGGGCAGCCUGCACGGCGUCCCGCACUCGCAGCCCGCCGAGCUGCUGAGCCCGGCGCACGGGCGGCAGGGCUCGCACCGCAACCUGGUGCCGCACGGCCGGCCCGCCAUGGUCUCGGGCAUGGCCUCCAUCCUGGAGGGGGGCGACUACCGCGCCGAGCACAGCCUGGCCGCCCCGCUGCACCCCGCCAUGAGCAUGUCCUGCGAGUCACCCUCCGGCAUGAGCCUGAGCAGCACCUACACCACGCUGACCCCCCUGCAGCACCUGCCGCCCAUCUCCACCGUCUCGGAGAAGUUCCACCACCCGCACCACCACCACCACCACCACCACCCGCACCAGCGCCUGGCCGGCAACGUGAGCGGCAGCUUCACCCUCAUGCGCGACGAGCGGAGCCUGGCCUCCAUGGGCAACCUCUACAGCCACUACCCCAAGGACAUGCCGGCCAUGGGGCAGCCCCUCUCGCCGCUGCCCAACGGGCUGGGCAGCCUGCACAACGCCCAGCAGCCGCUGGCCCCCUACGGCCCCGGCGGCCACUUGCCCAACGAGAAGAUGCUCUCGCCCAACGGCUUCGACUCGCACGCCGCGAUGCUGUCCCGGGGCGAGGAGCACCUGGCGCGGGGGCUGGCGGCCCCCAGCUCGGCCAUGAUGCCUCCGCUCAACGGGAUGCACCCGCACGGCCACCCGCACGCCCAGCCCGGCGGGUCCCUCCUGGGCGAGCGGGAGCGCCAGGCCUCGGCCACCGGCUCCCAGCCCGGCGGCUCCGGGCAGGUGGAGGAGAUCAACACCAAGGAGGUGGCCCAGCGGAUCACAGCCGAGCUGAAGCGCUACAGCAUCCCGCAGGCGAUCUUCGCGCAGAGGAUCUUGUGCCGCUCCCAGGGGACCCUCUCGGACCUGCUGCGGAACCCCAAGCCCUGGAGUAAGCUCAAGUCGGGCCGGGAGACUUUCCGGAGGAUGUGGAAAUGGUUGCAGGAGCCGGAGUUCCAGAGGAUGUCGGCGCUCAGGCUGGCAGCUUGCAAACGCAAAGAGCAAGAGCAGCAGAAAGACAGGAGCCUGCAGCCCAAGAAGCAGCGGCUGGUCUUCACGGACCUCCAGCGCCGCACCCUGAUCGCCAUCUUCAAGGAGAACAAGCGCCCAUCCAAGGAGAUGCAGAUGACCAUCUCACAGCAGCUGGGCUUAGAGCUCAACACCGUCAGCAACUUCUUCAUGAAUGCCCGCCGACGAUGUAUGAACCGCUGGCAGGAGGAGCCAGGCACCAACCCCGGAGUCCCCUCUUCUUCUACAAGCACUUUCUCCAAAGCAUGAUGUCCCCCCAGCCCUCCCUGUCCCUUUCUGGACAUCCUCCUCAUGACAAAGCCAACCCCAGACUCACAUGCAUGUCCCGAGCCCAGCGGGGUGGGUGCUUUUGGAUGCUGCCAGUCCAUCAGCUUCCCAAACCCUCAGCUGGGCAUCACCCCUGGACAUGGGCCUCGUGCCACAUCCCACUGUCACGUCCUCCCAGCUCGUGGAGCAGGGAAAGAGUUUGCAGCUGGGUCAGCUCCAUCCCCCGGAGGGCUCGGAGGAAACCUGUGUGGAGUGAGGAAUGACGUGGGAUGGAGGGCGAGGUGCUGUUUGGAAGCGUCCCUGGUCCUUGGGGACCACAGAACCUUGUCUUCACCUGCUCACCAGGGUCUUUGGGGAGAGGGACACACCCUGCGCCCCCCCCCCCCCCCCCCCGCCCUUGAUCCCUGCCACAGCCACCCUUACGGCUCCUGCGGUGGAGGGGUAAAGGUCGGGGAGAUACAAGAAGCGGAGUCAUGGGGUUGGGCUCUGGCACAACCCCACCGAACCAGGGCCAAACCCCUCCUGUUUUGAAGGAGGAUGAGCAGGGAAAAUGUUCCCCAUGUUCCUGGAGGGUGACCGGGCUCCUGCCAGGUCUCCAGCUGCUGUCGCUUUUCCCCCCCGGAGGUGCAGCGGGGCUCCCCACGGCAGCCAGACCCUCUCCCAUCGGCACACGGGGGUUUGAAAACCUGGUUGAGGGCAUUUCUGUAGCCCCAGUCUCCUCCACGAGCGUCUUCCUCCGACCCCUCCCCGCUCCCCAGUCACCCCCAAGAGCACCCAUCCCCUGCCCCCCAUGCACACACACCCCCCAACCCACGAGAGCACCUGUCCCCAGAUCCCUCCCAGAGAAACUCCAUGGCAAAGGAGACACUUCGCCAUGGCCGCCCGCCUCCAUGCACCCGAGCAUCCCCCAGCGCCACGGCCGGAAGGGGACCGCGGCUGCACCGCGUUGCCUGGCGCCCAAGCAGGUCAAAGAAGCACAUUUUAGCUACAGAAAUCGGGUAUUUAAAAAAAAAAUUGUUUGAAAGGAGACGGGAGGAGAGACUUGGAGCGAAGGAUCUGACCUUUCCUGGUGACUGGCUCCACCAUUCACUGCUGGAUUUCUGGUUCACUUUUCGGUUGAGGAAUGGACACAGACAAAGCAGAUGUGUUGGCUUUUUGUCUUGCCCCAUCUACCCCUCGACACACACUAUUUCCCCCUUCCGCCCCCCCUCUUCAUCUCUGUUACCAAAGAAAUUACAAAACCAAAAACCCAACAACAAAAAUUCCCUCCCGGGAACCAACAUCGGUGUACGGUGGGAAAAGAAAAAUCCGAGGGAUCUGGUGGUGAAAUCCAGCCCUGGGUGUGGGAAGGGGGAAAACUCCCCGACGAAAUUGAAAGGGAAAAAAAACCAACCUAGAGAAAGGAAUAAUCACAGAAACCACAACCAAACAAGCUCAACGCAAAGACCGGCAACUUACCAAAAAGACGCCAGAUGUUUUGGUUUGUUUUUUUUUUUGUGCCAAUUAACAACCUGCCUUAAAACGCGAAUUUCUGGAGCAAUGGUACUAGCUUCAAAACGAUCGUUUCCUCCGAGCUCUCGAUGGUGACUUGUGCCAUAUAAAAAAGCAAUCAUGAGGGCAAACCCUUAGAAUCAGCCCUCAUCCCAGCUGACCCGUGGGCUCCUCGCCAAUCUGGGGUGUCCUCGGAGGAGCAGGAGGUGCUGCCGGGGACAGGGGAGGGCUGG